GCGGGCGGCAGUGACUCAUUCAGAGCGCUUUCAGAACUACUAACAUUUUUUAUUGAAGUUUCGUCUGCUUCGCUGGAACGUGACGGAGGGAGAAACUAUAACUUGUAACAAGUUACGUAACUUCUUCAUGUCAUUCAACAAAGCAUCUGGUUUAUAAUAAAACAAAAGUACGAACGUCUAUUUAGCUUUUUUUUAAGGUUAAUAUAUUUUUACAAGUUCAGUUGGCCGUGAAUUCAGCAGUUGGUGUCAUUGAGCAUGAGCAUUGCAUCACCCAACCGACACCCAUACUACAGGCUGAGGGUGCCAGGUGCAUAGCAUCAACCAGAGAUGGAUCUGCUUUACGAUUACUUUGCAUACGUCGAUGACAUGGACGAGGACCUCGAAUUUCACGAUGAUUGCAUAGAGCAGGAACUCUCGCAACAAGCCGAACAAGGCGACCAGCAGAAGUCCGAAGGAUGAGGCUGCGAAUACGCGCCCCCAACGGCUUCAACACAAGAGGAGGGAGCGCCAGCUAAGCGGAAGGAGUUACCCGCUCGAACCGAAAUCGCCACGUGGCACACGGGUGACAUGGGUGUCUGUGUGGCCUGCCCGGUGGGACGCCACCAAAAGAAGUAUUGAUUCUUGAAACUUUGUGAAACAUUUGCAGGGUUCAAUGUUUUGACACGCAAGAAAUUUAAAUAUGGAUUACAAAACAUACAAGAUUUAUGAUGGUGAGAAGUUUGUGGAUGUAACACGCGGCAUUAAAGUGGCUCAAUGCAUGAAGUCUCCAGAAUCCAACAUAAGCGAAGGCGACGCAGCGAAAGUCCUGGCCAAGCUGGAGGACCUGAGCGUGUCGGAGACGCUGUUCUGCUCGUUUUGCGACGUUGGCUUCGGGGACCAGUCGCAGCAGCGGCUGCACUACAAGCUGGACUGGCACCGCUACAACCUGAAGCAGAGCCUGCUCGGCCGCAAGCACGUCUGCGAGGAGAGCUUCCUGCAGCUCGCCGACGACGUCUCGAGUAUUUCGGGAUCUGAAUCUGAAACCGAAAGCGAAGAUGGGACGGCAGACAGCUCUGGUGGCAUGGGGCAGAGCGCCUUGGCCGGGAGGCAACCAAGGAAGAAAAGCAAAAGGAUCCACUUGUCGAGCUCGUCAGACGAGGAAGGAGAGAAGAUCGGACUCAACGCCACCGAGCGACAGACUUAUAGGCACCCAUCGAGGCAUCCAAAAGUAUUCUUUGAAAACGAGGAUGGUAAAAUAUUCUCUUUGUACCGAUGCCUGCUGCAUGGGAAGAAGAAUGUUCAGGAGAAAGAUGACGCGCUUGUUUCGUUAGCGCUUCAGAGGUACGAAAAAAGCACCUGGCUCAUCAUUAUGCUGGGAGGCGGGCAUUUUGCCGCGGCUGUGUUUCAAGGCAGCCUCGUGCUGGCCCACAAGACAUUCCACUCGUACACGGUGCGCGCGAGCCAGGGAGGCACGCAGAGCUCUCGGGACGCCUGCAGCCGGGGCAGCCACCCCAAGAGCGCGGGGGCCAGCAUGCGCAGGUACAACGAGAUGGCUCUUGCACAGCACAUCCAAGAUAUCGUGGAGCUGUGGGCACCUUACCUGGACCAGUGCGAGCUGAUAUUCCACCGGGCGGUCGGCCACAGCCGCAGCGUCCUGUUCGGCGGCCGCAGCCCGCUGCUGAACAAGGCAGACCCCAGGCUGCGCAGCAUCCCUUUCCCCACGCGCAGGGCGACCUUCAGCGAGGUGAAGCGCAUCCACGACGUCCUCUCCACUUUGGAAGUUUACGGGUCUGCUGUAGACUUCCCCAAGACGUUCCCGCAGUCGCCGCGCAAGAAGUCGUCCUGGACCCGCCCCGCGGCGGACUCGGACGCAGAGGUGGACGGCACUGCCAAGAGCGUCGAGGCGAUGAGCAACGGGAACCCGGUGGAAGGCGCUCGGGCUCCUGCAGACGAGAAGCCGGUCGAGGCGAGCGAGGGGAAGGGGGAGAAGAAAGGGAGCCCGCGGGGCCGGCCGAUAGACCGGGCCAAGGCACGCAAGUCCCCGCACCGGCCGCUGCCGGAAAUCGUCAUGCGGCUCGCGGCCGACUCCUCGGACAGUGAUGCCGCAGACUGCGAAGUCGGGUUCUUGGACGAUACUGAGAUAUCAUUCGGUGACUGUCUGCAAGAGUUCGGGGACACUGUCCCCCAGGCAGUGAAGGAUAGGAAGAAAGGUGUGAGGAAGUGCAGCAGAAAGAAGAAGAAGAAUAAGCUGAUCAAUGACACUGUCAAAGCAGGUGUUCCAGAGGCGGAGCCGAGCGCGGUGUCGCGCGCGAGGAAGGCGGUGUCCGCGGCGUGCUCCCAGGGCGACCCGGAGCUGCUGGUCGCCGCGGUGUCGUCCCUGGGGCAGGAGGCGGUGCUGCAGUUCCUCAACGACCCGGUGGCGGACGGCGGUGGCACUGCCCUGCACGUGGCGGCUCGUUGCGGCCACUGCAGCGUGGUGAGGAAAUUACUUGAGCUUGGCUGUGAUCCAUGUAGCAAAAAUGUGAAAAAUCAGCCACCGUACGUGGUAGCAGUGAAUAAAGAAACUCGGAACGUCUUCAGAAGAUUCAUGGGAGAGUUUCCUGACAAGUAUGAUUAUACCAAGUCUCAGAUAUCCAGCCCCCUGUCAGAUGAACUAGAACAAAAGAUGGCGGAGAAACGGAGAGAAAUGAGGAAAGUAAAACGGGAGAAGGACAAACUCAGGAAGCAAGAAGAAGAUAAGAGACGCGAGGAAGAGUCUGAGAAGGAGAGGUUCCUCAGGCUCAGCGAUAGGGAGAAGAUGGCUCUGGCAGCAGAGCGACGGAUGCUGGACCAGGCAGCACGGUUCGGUGGCGCCAAGCCGGCGGCGGUGCGGUGCUUCCUCUGCGGCGCCGACGUGACGGGACGCGUGCCGUUCGAGUACAGCGGCAACAUCUUCUGCACCAUGAUCUGCCUCAAGGCCCACCGGGUGAAGGGCAAGCCUCACAGGCUGUGACGUCCCUCUCCAUCUCGAUCGCAUCGCGCUGUGCAUGAUCCAAGCUGAAGAAACUGAGUACAAUGUGUGUGCAGAGAAUAUACCUACCAAGUUAUCUGUGAUUAUUCAUCCUGCAUAUUGAAACUCUUAAAUUAUACAAUCAGUUAAUGAAUAUUCAUAGUUCCAAAGCAUUAAGCAAGUACGUAAUUAUAACAUUUUUGUGAUCAUCUUGAAAGGUAUUAGUAUUACAUUUGAGUUUAAAAAAAAAUCAUAUUCUCUCUUUAUUAAAAAAAUUAUGAGUUGACUAGUGAAGCCUUAUAAAAGUCUUAUUAUUUAUGUUUCCAUUACUUUAUUAUUCUUAAGUCAGAAAUCUGCAGCUUCAAAAGAUUUUGUACAAAAAAAUUUGUUUUCAGGAGUUAAUUUAAUUAAACAAUAUGUAUAUUUCAUUUGGAAUUGUUGUAAAACUCCUAAAAUGUGUUGAUGGUGCUUGUACUGGUAUAUUGCCUCGUUUUAAAUUUUCCGAUAAUGUUAAAUUAUAAUUUAGUGGUGCACCGAUGUGGAUACAGAUGAACCGUAACCAGCGAUUAUGGGUACUUUCCGAUUAAUCGUAAUCUGCGAUUAUCUUAACGAUUACUUUGCCGAUUAUCUACGUCCCGGCAUAAUUAAGUAGGUUUUUACCGUGUAAUAUUUUGUUACACAUUUUAGGACGAAAUACGGUAAUAUUUGUACAUAUUACAAAAUUAAUCUAACUCCGUCAUAUCAUAAUUACAGAUAUUUUGUUAAGUUUAAUAAAUCUCAUUGCCUCGAACAAUAAAAAAUACAUUUUUCCUACACGUUUAUUUACGUUUCAUCUUUUAUUCUGUCUUUUGUUUAGUAGCCUUGUACAUUACCUAUAGCCAGAGACGUAAAAUAGAUGGCACGCAAAAAAAAUACCACAAGCAGUUGCAGUAGAUUCUAUGACAAUCAAUCUUUUCGAGUCGUAGUAGCGGUUCAAAAUCGUGGUCCUGAUUCCUUCAAGAGUUUAUCACUGCGUUUUACAAACUCGUUAUGGGUGUCUUUGGUAAAAUUAUCCGUUGUUGUGUUAUUUGUAUGUGACGUGAAAAGUGAAAAAGUAUUUAUAAUUUUAUAUAUUCAGUCAACAUAAAUAAAAUCGCAUGUGCUAGAAUUGGUUUUGAGUCAUUUUUAUAUAAUUACAGUGAGAUGGCGAGUAGGGAGAAAAAAAGUGAAGUGUGGAAACAUUUUUCUAUAAACUCAAGUGAACAAAAUAAAGCAACAUGUUUACAUUGUUAAACGGUAAUUUCUCGAUGCAACCUUAUGUGAUAGUCUAUAAAAAUGCUAGUUUUCCGCAACAAAAACUUACCCAUUGUAAAUUACAAUUAUUAGACUGUAGUUCAAGUUGUUUACAAUAACAAAUAUAAAUAGAAGUUAAUUUAAUUUACACUUUGCAAUGACUUAAUAGUGUAUUUUAUAUAUUUUUAUACUGUUAUUAUAACUAUUCUCAAUUUUUCCUAAUCUUGUUAUUAAAUUCACAUGGGUAUAAAAAUUUUUGUGUCCAUUAUUACACUUUAAAAAUUUUUUCAUUAUAAUCGGUAACUGAAUCGGUAUCUGCCGAUUAUUGCUCUCAUAAUCGGUAAUCGAAUCGGUAAUUGGUAAAGUCAUAUCGGUGCACCACUAUAAUUCCUUUGGGUUUAGAGCAGUAACUUAACAAUCCAGUCUUCCUGGUUUAUUGGAGUUUUAAGAUGUGUUAUCUUCCCACUUAAGUGCUCUUUUGAUGACUAUGAGGUGAGUUUUCUGAUUUGCAUUAGUUUCCCCCUGAGUAAUUGAAAAUUUAUGAGAGUUUAUGAAAGUUGUGACACUUACUACUACAGUAGUGCACCCCUCAACCGGAAUCAUUGGGGGGAUGUCUAUUCCGGUUAUGGGAAAAUUCCGGGUAAGGGGAGUUGCGGUAGGGCCAGCCUCCAGGCCGGUUGAAUUACCUUCAUUCAAGCAAGCUGGCAGGCACGUGUUUCUUAUCUCUGUGGGUGGGUGCGUGCGUGAGCGAAGAGGUUGAUAAAGAGGGUUUGGGGGAGGUAGUAGGACUACAGCUGCAGUGUUGUGUUACUUCUGUGUUGACGUGCUAGUGAUUCACACUUCCUGGAGAGUGUAUAAUCACUGCCACGCACAGUUUACAUUUCACACACACAAGAAUACAUAACACUUCAAGCAUCUCGUUUAAAAACACAGAGAUAGAGAAAUACAGGUAAAUGUAGACUGUUUAACCAUAUAUUAACGUAUAAAUAUGUACAUAAUACAUAUUUGUACACUAAAUUAUUGUCUACAAACUGAAAGCAUCACACAUUGGAAGUAAAUGUUACUCGCUAUUACGUGUGUCAGUGUGUGUAGUGGGAGUCAGUGUAGAUACUCUCGGGCCGGCUGGAAUUUCCGUUUACUUGACAUAGUGAAACAAUAAAACUACUUAUAGCAUAAUCAUCUUUAUAGUAAUUCACGUAUGACGCGAAAACCAAUGGUGUAUUUACACAAUUCACGGGAAAGACUGGCUAUAAUUAGCUCUCUGACAGACGUGCGCGCACGUGCCUACAAGACAUGUACAGUCAGGUAAAAGCAAAAACGCCUCGUUCCAAUGCGGAAAUGUUUUGGAGAUGUUUUGUAAUGUUUUAAUGUUUUUUUGGAAAAUUAGUUUCGGAUAUCGGGAGUUCCGUUUGUGGGAAUUACGGUUGAGGGGUGCUCUACUGUACUGCCGUAUUUUAUUUUCCAUGCUUCAGUAUGUGCGUGCUACAUGUUACGUUUAGAGAAUUCUGUACUUAAUAAACAGUCUCAAAAAUUA